AUGUUUAUGACACCUCAAGAUGUGGCUGUCCUGAUACAGCGUGAAGGGAGUGGAGCAUCACCCGAUACUUACGAUGCCGCCAACGAACCUCAGGAUGCCGUUGCGAAACGAACAACGCUAUUAUCUUCAGUAGUCGAGACUCUUAAGCAACGAGAUCCUGCUUCGCUAGAGGCUACAGCCAAGGCAUUGGGCGACGGAAGUCGAGAUGUGGCAUGGAGGCUACCCUAUGGGGAUUCAGGAAUUCUCGAGUUCUUCCUUGACAUUCUUGCCUCAGACGAACAGCAACCUCACGGUGUCAAAGUCCAGGCUCUACGUGUUACUGGGAAUUCUUGUGCUGAUACAGACCAAAAUCGAGCUCGAGUUGUUGAGGGCAAAUACAUCGUUUCUUUCAUCAAGCACCUUCAGGAUACGAGCCUUGUUCCAUACUUGAUUCCUGUACUGUACAAUGUACUUGUUGACUAUGAACCUGCUCAACGUCUUGCUUCAGAGUCACGGCUCAGCAGUCAUCUCAUCACUCUCCUUCAGUCACCCAAUCGUGCUGCCUUCAGCCCCCUUGUCACCUACUUCUGUAAGAUCCUUGCUCUUCUCAUCAAACAAGAUGGCGAGGUAGCCGUUGCAGGCCCUGAAACCGUGUCGACCCUCCUCAAGCUGGCCGUCAGUCCUGACCACAACUCUGAUAUUGAGGACUUCCUCGCUCUUGUGUCGACUGCAGCUAGUUAUCUUGCCAACGAAUCCUUCCAAGAGCGACUCCUCAACUCAAAACAAGCAGACGUCUUCGUCAAGGCAUUUUACAUCGCACAUACCCAAUUCGACUCAGAGCUUGAUGAUGAAGAUACUGCUAAGGAACUGGGACAGCUGUGUACUUCAUUGCUUACAACCCUAGCUGAUCUGACUGGCAAUGACGCCUUCCCUGGUCACUAUUCCCUUGAAAGCUCAGUGCCCCAGUCGUUUCUUAAGUGGUUGAAGGAGCCGCAUGUCAUUCUUCAGUCGGCAGCUUGUCUGGCUCUGGGCAACCUCUCCCGUUCAGAUCAGGCUUCCACGGCCUUUUUGCAGAAGUAUCAGGCUCAUCUUCCUCUGAUCGCAAUUCUUUCCGACCCCGAGAUCAAGGAUGCCCAGCUUCUUCACUCAGCACUGUCUUUCCUCAAGAAUCUCGCAAUUCCGGCACAGAACAAAACAUUACUAGGGGACCUGCUGGAGUCAAAGAGCGUACCAAGGAUAUUGACUAUCGAUACUCUUCCUCAGGUCCAGUUCUCGGCAGUUUCACUACUUCGUCUGCUGCUUGUGAACUGCCCAGAUAACGUCCGUCGAGUGGUUACUCCCAGAGCAAUCGAUGGAGAGGGGUCUGGCAAGCAUACAACUGUCCGCGAUGUGAUCUCGCUGUUUGAUCGAUCUGAUACGGAACCUACCCGACUGGAAGCCGCACGGAGUGUUGCUACUGUAUGCCGAGGUCUUCAUACAGCACCUUCCGAGGAGGUUCUUUCAGGAUGGAACACUGAAGAUGAUAAGACACCAUCAAGGGAUCUGUUCUAUUCUGAACAUGACCUUUCGCAAGUGCUGUCAUUCCUCGUCACUCAAGAGAAGUGGCCUAUUCUGAAAUCUGAGGCUUGGUUCGUCUUUGCUCUCAUGUCACGAUCCAAGGACGGCGCCCAAGUUAUCGCUGAAGUCCUUGCUGUAUCUGGAGCUAUGGAUGCUCUUAGUUAUGCAGUCACUGGAAAGACGACAAACGACGAAACACCACAGAUCGAGGGCGGCGCCCCAGAAAUUCCCCCAGCAAUUCCUGAAGAGCUGGCACUGGAACCUCAGCAGGUUGAUCCGAAACAACAGGCUAAUAUGGCCAAGGUGGAUAGAGAGAAUUGUCUGGUUUUGUGUACCGAAGUCGUCAAGAAUGGGGAAACUCUUGAGUCAGAGCAAGUGAGUCGAUUGCAAAGUUUAAUUCGACAGGGUACAGAGUUGCUAGGGAAAAAGGCAGAAGAGUAG